CCCAAACAUAACUAUAUCCUCUUUCUUUCCCUCAACCACUCUCUCAACAACCAACAAUCUCUCUUAACCCCAAUUCCUCACAUUUCCUAAAAAUGGCAUCCAUGGCUAUGACAGCCUCCUUCCUCCCUGCCACCGCUAACAAGCAACCCUCCACCGCCGCCCGCCGAGCACUCGUUGUCGCCAAAGCCUCCACCUCUAGCGAUGCCUCCAAUGUCAAUUUGGAGAUCAAGAAUGUGAAGGUGGAAAACAGGCAAGGGCGGCGGGAGUUAGUAGCGGCCGCUGUCACGGUGGCAGCAGCAACCUUGGCGAAGGCAGCGAUGGCCGAUGAGCCGCCACGUGGCUCCCCUGAAGCCAAGCAGAAGUAUGCUCCAAUCUGUGUCACAAUGCCCACUGCCCGUAUUUGCCGCAAGUGAUUUCAAGAGAUGUUUUUCUCUGUUGUCUUUCUUUUUCUUCUUCUUGUCUAUUAAACUCUUUCAUUUGGUUUCAGACUUUGAAGUUUGAUUGUAAAAUCUGUAAAACAAAGCUAUGAAUUGCCAUGAAUCUCCCUCGUCAUGACUUUUUCUUGUU